AUGUUGGAACAUGAGAUAUUAGUCGGGAGUAAUGAGGAUGGUGUAAAACUAAAUAUAAAAAGUAUUUUUGCAGAUUUUGCGAGUAAAUUGAAGGGAGUAUUGAAUGGAAAUAAUCAAGUUAGUAAUUCAAGGUUUAGGAAUAAGUGUGAAGAAUAUAUUACGAAGAAUGGAAGUACAAACAAAUUGGGUGAGUAUAGGGAGGUGUGUGUGCUCCUUAUGGAAGCAUUAUACGAAAUAUAUAAGUACAAAGAAGCACGUACAGAGAAGAAGUCUGAUUUGAAGGAAUGGAUGCGUUGUAAAAUUAUAAGAACAUGGUUAUCUUAUUUCAUUAAAAUAUAUUGUAUUCCAACGAGUAUUGCUAAGGCCAUAUAUAGUGCUAUGCAAGCAACAAUGCGAUGGAAUAAUGGUGGAUAUAAUAUGUGUACGGAAAUUUCAAAUAAGGUGGAAACGAAUAAAACGGUUUCUAUAAUAGAAGAAAUUAGGAAUCUAGUAGAAACGAAUUUAAAAGAAAUAAGUACAAAUGAAAUUGGAACGUGGAAAUCCGAAGAAUGGUGUGAACAAAGGAAGAAGGAGUUAGAAAAUGCCUUCAAGGAAUUGACCACAAAAUAUCCUGGCACAAGUACUACAGAGAAGAAAAAAGUAAAAAAGGACAAUGAUUUCUUUGAUGCUGUGGAGGAAUACGCGGAUGAAGCAGAAUUGAAAAGUGGAAUCGUCAUGAUAAGGGAUGAAAUCAAGAAACAGAAGGACGCAGAGGAGAAGGCAAAGGAGGAAGCAAAGAAGAAAGCGACCGACACGGAAACAGUGGCAGUACAAGCUGCCAAACCCGCAGUCACAGCAACACCCUCACCCGUGGAUAAAAGUCCAGCUAAGGCAGGUAAGAUCAGAACGGAAAUGAAACAAAGUCCGAGGAAGUGUGCAAACUCUCGUGAAACCGGUGGAAGAACCAGGAUGAAAAGAUCUGGAUUCCGAUUCUUUGUUAUUGGCUUUAAGGGUUCCCAGUUUUGGAACUUCAAGGUUCGCGGGUUCCAGACUCCAGGAUUCCCAGUGUGUCGAACCUAA